AUGCAAAGAAUUCUAGAACUGGAAAGAGCUGAAGAGGAACUGCAAGAAAUGAAGACCAAGGCAUAUGAAGAGGAAGUUUUUAGAGAGGAUGAAAUAGAAAAACUGAAAAAAGAAGUACAAUCUUUAAAUGAUACUCUCAGCCAAGAGAGAAACAUUGGGGAAGGAAGGUUAACAGAAAUGCAGAAGAUGGAGGAGGAUUUACAUAGUCAUGAAAGAACAGAAGAAAGUCUUCAACAGAGACUAGAGGAAGCCAAUGGAGAGAUGGAUAAUUUGAAAAGACAAAUUGAAAAACAAUGUGAUGAAAAUGGCCGUUUAAUACAAAGAAUUCGAGAUCUGGAAAGAGCUGAAGAGGAACUGCGAGAAAUGAAGACCAAGGCAUAUGAAGAGGAAGUUUUUAGAGAGAAUGAAAUAGAAAAACUGAAAAAAGAAGUACAAUCUUUAAAUGAUACUCUCAGCCAAGAGAGAAACAUUGGAGAAGGAAGUUUAACAGAAAUGCAGAAGAUGGAGGAGGAUUUACAUAGUCAUGAAAGAACAGAAGAAAGUCUUCAACUUAGACUAGAGGAAGCCAAUGGAGAGAUGGAUAAUUUGAAAAGACAAAUUGAAAAACAAUGUGAAUACACCUCACACGAACGGGUCAUCAGAGAUUUAAAUAAUGAGGUAUAUUUACAGCAAGAUGAAAAUGGCCGUUUAAUGCAAAGAAUUCUAGAUCUGGAAAGAGCUGAAGAGGAACUGCGAGAAAUGAAGACCAAGGCAUAUGAAGAGGAAGUUUUUAGAGAGGAUGAAAUAGAAAAACUGAAACAAGAAGUCCAAUCUUUAAAUGAUACUCUCAGCCAAGAGAGAAACAUCGGAGAAGAAAGGUUAACAGAAAUGCAGAAGAUGAAGGAGGAUUUACUUAGUCAUGAAAGAACAGAAGAAAGUCUUCAAAAGAGACUAGAGGAAGCCAAUGGAGAGAUGGAUAAUUUGAAAAGACAAACUGAAAAACAAUGUGAAAAACUUGAUAAAAAAGAACAUGAUCUCUCAGUUGCAAAUGAACAGCAUGAAGGAGUAAUAUCAAAGAAAGAUGAAGCUAUUCUGAAGUUAACAGGUGAACUAGAAGGAAAGAAAAUAGAAAAUAAAACUUUUGAAACAGAACUCAUCCGAAUUAACCGAGAGUUGGAGGACAUCAAGAAAGAAAAGACACAGCUUGAUGCCCACAUUCUUCAAUUAAGUGGAGAAGUGAAUAAGCGUGAUACGAAGAUAUUGGAGCUAAACGCCAAUAUAGAAAUGAAGGAGGCCGAAAAAACAUAUGCCAAUGAAUGCAUGAAGAAGACUGUUCAAAGUCAACAGGAAAUGGCGUAUCGAAUUUCAAAUUUACAGAGAGUAGAAAUGGAGAAAAGUCAAGCAGAACAAGACAAGUAG